AUGAAGAAGUAGACCCAAAAGCCUAUAGAUAAAGAAAAAAUAGAAAUUAGAGAAAAUUUCUAAGCUGUUCUCCUUGCUGAUACAUAUGUUACUAGAUUAGCACCUAUCACAAAAGAAAUUCCUAAAUGUCUCUUACCUGUAGCAAAUGUACCUCUGAUUGAGCAUACAAUUAAUUGGCUUGAAGCAAAUAAAAUUUAUGAAUUGUUAGUUGUUUAUACAUCACACAGCUAAAAAAUAGAAUAAUAUUUCUCUCAAAGAGAUAAAAGUAGCAUGAAAAUACAGUUAAUACAUGCUCAUGAUGCAAAAACUGUUGGUGAUGCUUUAAGAGAAUUGUAAUACAAGGGUGUAGUUUAUGGAGAUUUCCUUCUUUGCUAUGGAGACAUGGUUUCAAAUAUUAAAUUGCAAAGUGCUAUUAAGCAUUUCUUAUGGAAGAAGAAGGAGAACUCUCUUAAUAUUAUGACUGCUAUUCUUAAAAAGAGCCACCCAUUUGAUAGUAAUAGAACUUAUUAAGAUGACGAUUUUGCAUUUGUCGUUGAAAAACAAUCAGGGGAUAUUCUUCAAAUUGAAAACAUAAACAAGGAAGAUUAUUUUGAAUUAAAUUUAGAAAGACUUAAAGUCUCUAAGGGUGCUGCACUUGGCUAAAAAAUUCAUUACAACUACUUAGAUAAUUAAAUAUACAUUUGUUCUUUGGAUGUUUUAAAGGCUUUUUAAGAAAACUUUACAUUCAACUCUUUUAGGGAAGAUUUUAUGAAAGAGUUGUUAACUGCUGAAAUUAAUGAAGAAAAGAUUAGUUCAUAUAUAAUAUCCGACUCGGAGUAUGCUUUAAGAGCUAGUGAUCCUAGACUUUACUAUAAAAUAAAUUAAUCAGUUAUCAAAAGAUACACUUAUCCCUUUACUGUUAAUAAGAUGAUGGCUUAUUAGAAAUAAAAUAUUUUAAAUUAAGACUUUAAUAUUUUCAUGGGGAAAACUACUAAAAUAGCACACAGCACAGUGAUUGGAAAUAAUUCAUGUAUAGGAGAUGCUACUUAAAUUGGUGAUAAUACUAACGUUCAAGCUUCUGUGAUAGGAAAAAACUGUAACAUUGGAUCAAACGUUUAGAUUCAAAGAUGCAUUAUUCAAGAUAAUGUCAUAAUUGAGGAUGGCACUAUAAUAAAGGACUCAAUCAUAUGCAAUCAUGUAGUGAUAAAAAAGAAUUGCAUUGUUAAAGAAGGAUCAAUAUUGUCAUACAAUGUAAUUACAAAGCAAGAUAUAACACUUCCAGAAUACACUAUGGCCACAACCUUUGAGUACGAUAAGGAUUUGAUAGAAGAAAAUUAAGAAGAAAGUAGUAAACUGUUUGAAAAAGGUGUCAUUUACGCUGCAUAACUAUUCAUACAAAAUGAAGCUAUGUUAGGCUAUAAUCAACAUGAAAUAAUAAAAAAUUAUGAAGAUGUAGAUGACUUAGUCCAUGAAGAAAAAGAAGGAUCUGAAGAAGACAUUGGUUAAAGAGAAGAUGCCAUAUUUUAAUAAUUAGCAGAAGAUAUAAGACAAAUUAUUCAAGAAGCUCUUAAUGAUCCUCCUAAGACUGAUCACAGCAUAGUUGAAAUACACAAUCUUAAGGUUGCAGAAAAUACAGAGGGUUGGAGAUGCAUUCAAGUAUUUGUUCCUGAAAUUCUUAAUGGCUUAAUAGUAAAAUUUAAAGCGAGUGCCAAUCCAUAAGAAAGAAUAGGUCACAUAAAAACACUGCUUGGAAAUUGGAAUAAGCUGUUCAGGAAAUUUGUUCAUUCUGAUGAAGACUCUCUCAUUUUCAUAUCAGAAAUAGAAUAAUUCUGCAUCACUCACAAGGAUUUCUACGACUUCCUUCACAUCUUCUUAUAGCUUCUCUUUUAAAAUGAAAUUUUAACUAAAGAAUAUAUAUUAAACUGGGUUAAUGAAAGAAGAAACUAAAGUAAUGACGACCAAAAACAUUUCCUUGAUUUAGUAAUUUUGUUACUUUUAUUUAUAUCUCUCUACCUUUCUUUUACAAUGCUAAUUGGAAUUUAUUAUCCAUAAUCUAAAUCAAAUUAUUUUAAUGAGUUACAAAUACUAGAAGCCUAAACUGGCAUAUGGCAAUAACUAAAAGGAGCAUUUCAUUAUUUUAACACAAGUGAAUUUUCAUAUUUUUAUUAUUUAUUAGUGUAAAGAUUUUAUCGAAUGGUUGGAAUCAGAUGA